GGGAGGCGGAGGAGCAGGAGGAGCCGAGAGACUGUGAUCGCGAGCCCAAGGGCCGCCUCAUGAUGUUCGCAGGGAUCUUGAGAGCGGAGGCUGAACUGAUAUGUCGAAUACUAGGGCGCGUGCAUUUAAGGUGAGAGGAAGAAAGUUCAAAGGAGGCUUUGGGGCAAGUUUUUUAGAAUGGUUGGAGUCUACAGUACGCCACUAGGGGUUGUGGUGGAGGGAGAUAUCAAAGGGAUGUUUAAUGGAUUUUUAGAUAAGCCCAUGAAUAUGCAAGAAAUGGAGGUCUAUGGACCAAGGGCAGGCAGAAAAGAUUAGUUUAAUGUUGUAUUAUGUUUGGCACAGCAUUGUGAGCCAAAUGGCCUGUCCCUGUGGUGUAUUGUUCUAUGUUCUAAACUUCUUAAGAAAGUACUGGAAAUACUCAGCUAGUUUGACAGCGUCUAUGCAGAUAGAAUUUGAGUUGACAACUUUAAUGAGAAACAGCUUCUCCUUCAGUGUGACAUUUGCUUACGCUGGCACUGGGUAGUUUGGGUUUUCAGCAUCUUUUGCAACCUCAGAAUGUUACAAAGCAUUUUAUAACUAGGCAAAUACUUUGAAGCACUGUAACUUGUAUAAUUUGCAAAUUCCAGGCAACACGAUCCUGCUUAAAGCGCCGUGUCAAGUGAUUUAUUUUUGUACCUACCUGAGGAAACUGACUAGGCUUAACAUCUCAUCCUAAGGAUGGCACUGCACUGCCUCUGUACGGAGAGUAUUGGGCUGUAUUUUGUGCUAAAGUUUCUGGUCUGAUCUUAUGGUGCUGAUUAGUGCUACCCAUUGAGCCAUAACAUUUGCAGUAUGAGAGAUUAACUGGAGAGCUUUGUUAUUUAUGGCAUGUCCAGGGUGGUGAAAUGAAAGUGGGUAGGGAAGGAUGUUGGCUCAUUUUUGCAGACUCUUAAUGUUAAACAAUCACGUUUCAGUUUGUUUCCAUGGCCAUUGCAGGUUUUCUGUUGUAUCAAGGCGAAAACGUUAUCGGUAGACACGAGAGCUGUCACGUCCACAUCCCUGUCUCCUCUGUGUCCAAGAGGCAUGCUGUGAUUGAGAUUGAUGGCAACUCCCACCUGAUCUAUGACUGCAACAGCUUGAACAAGACCCGGCGCAGGAAUGCUGUUCUCAAGCCCAAUGUCCGCUAUGCCAUCAAUGACGGCGACCUCUUCCUUUUUGCCGACGUCGCCUGCCAGUACGUGAUGCUACCACCAGCAGCACAAAUCGGAGACUCUGGUUCCGAAACUGACUCGGAGUCACUGUUUCCCCACGCGAAGCCGGGCUUGGAGAUCCGGCAACCGGCUGGCAGUGAGGCAGCUGGUGGCAAUUUGGAAUCAGCGGAGGAUUCGCUCGUGCUGUCGCCUACCCAACCCUACCACGCCAAAUCAGUGAUUCCCCUUCAGUCUGACACCUAUGUGAAGGAGUCUGAGGAUGACGACACGCCAUGGAAAUGCAGUGUACCGUUCACUGCCCAGGGUGGUCAGCGUCUGAACACCACAGCAUAUCAAACUCCAUCAGCGCAUGUUGUUCCCGAGAGUGACCAUGAAGAGGAUGAGUCGUCUCAUUCCAACCUUCAGUCGAAGCAGCUGCAUUACGACAGCGAGACUGAUCUGGAGGAAGAUCCGGAAGCUGGUAAACAAUGGACAGAAGGCUGUGCCAUGCGCCCAGAUGACAGCAAUCGUGUGAAUUCUGAAAUGACGGGCAGAGAAGAGCAGCAAGCUGACAAUAAGCCACCACUGAUUGGUGUUGUAGCCUCUGACAGUUUCAAGACUGUCCAAGCAACUGAUGUUCCCCGGGGAACAUUAGAUGGUGACACAGGAAGGACAUCUUCCUGGGAGUCUGGUGCCCCACCAGUUGCUGAUCUCCUGCCCCAUUUCAGCCGGGACAGCAGCGAGGAGGAGAAGGAGGACUCACAGUUAAACAGUGAUGCCUUGCCGUUGGGUGCCAAAACAGAUUCCAAUCUCACUGGGCUCCAGGAGGCAAAGGCUGCCAUCUGUAACUGGGACUUGAUCUAUCCAGGCACCAGGAAAGAAAGCAGGAAGGCAGACAUCUCCACAGACUCAACAGCAGAAGCCAAAGAAGCAGCAGGCGGCGUUAACAAGAGGGAGCCACUGGAGGAGAACAGUGACACCGAUGUCGACGAUGAUACUGAGUCAUACGCUCUGGAGCCAACGCAGUGCUUCACACUAAAUGUUUCGGACACCCAAGAUGAAGCAACAGGAGGAAACAAUCAUGUGCCAGACUCUGGCAUUACAGUAGGUGCUAACACUGAGGAGAAACCCACGCAGUUGCUGGCCUGUCAAUCGCCCACCUUCAACAAGGACCCUAUCAAGGCUGGCAAUACAGCAGCAAGCAACACAGAGGAAGAUGUGACACAGCCAUUCAUCUUUCGAUCUCCAACAUUUGGCAAAGACCUAUGCAAAAGUAACACAGCAACAGUGAGCAAAGCUGAGGAAGAAGCCACGCAGCUUUUUACCUUUCUGUCUCCAGCACCCAGUGAGGAUGCUUUCAAACAUAGCAGCAUGUCAGUGGGCAAUACAGAGGAAGAGGCUACACAGCCAUUCACCUUUCAGUCUCCGACAUUCAGUAAAGACAUUUUGAAAGGGGGUGCUGUGACAGUGAGUGAUACAGAGGAAGAGACUACGCAGCCACUUGUGGCAGAUGCUGCUAUUGAACGUCCUGUUACAGUUUCGCCUUGCUCAGAGCCCAGUGAGGGAAUACCUGAGAAUAAUCAGUGGGCUGAGGAGGAAACCCAGCCCUUCUUCUUUCAGAACCAGCCCGCAGAGGUGGACCACGGCGGAGAACCUGAAGAAACAGAAGACACUGUGCCUAUUGUACCCACUGUGGAUUGUCCAGCUUCGACUGUGCGAGACCUGCCUGACAAUCCUCCAGGGAUAAAAAGACAGAGCCUGUUGGAAGAGGGGAGCGGCCUGGGCCCUCAGGCAGUACCAGAGCAGCCACAGAGCCCUGAAGGUGGAAAGGGAGGUCACAAGCAGCAAAUGAAUGAGGAGAGGAGCUCCGCGGCUUUGGUAGAGCAGCAGUGCAGUGCAGCCAGUGAGGACAUGGGGAAGCGAGAGGUCUUGGGCGACACAGCACUGAUGCAAGAGAGUGAACAUUCGCUGUUAAUGAUCAGGGGGCAGACAGCAAGUCCAGACACUGGGGAGUGCAGCAAAAGCAGCUUAAACCCAAACCCCAGUCCAGCUCCAAUUCUGCUGAGCAGCCAGAGAGAGACUGAGGCGGAAGCAGAGGACUCAACCAUUCCCAGGGACAGACAGCGGAAACAUCGAUCUGCAAAGACCGGGGACUCCCAGCAAUGUCAGCACAGGGAAGACCCAGAGCCAGGCUCUGAGGAAGCUGCCUUGCCAGUGGAUAGGGUACAGGCAGGGCCAAGAAGAGGUAGGGGCAGGCUCAAGUCCACCUCUGCAUCCAUCACGGAUGACAAUCGAGGCCAUCCAGAGGAGGGGGAGGGAGAGGGGGCAAGUUGUCAGGCCCCUGUUAGAGGCUGCAGAACUAAGCAGAAGUCUCUGGCAGCAAUCGAUCAACAGGCUGGAAGCACGGAAGAAACUCCCCGAACUGAUGGGGCAUCACAGCAGCAGGCAUCAGGGAGACCCAGAAGGAGAACUGGGUCUGCACUGGGUCAGACCAGGAGUGUGGAGGAGUCUGGCAAGACCGAUGGUUCACCACAGCAGCAGGCAUCAGGAAGAUGCAGGAGGCGAGCUGGCACCUCCCCUGCAAAGCAGGCUGGGAGUGUGGAGGAGGCUGCCCAAACCAGUGGUGCAUCACAGCAGCACCCAGGAGGCAGAGGCCGGAAGAGAUCGGGGUCUACGCUGGGACGCAGUGAGAGUGUAGAGGGGCUUCUUCAAACCGAUGGUACAUCACAGCAGCACCCAGCGGGCAGAUGCAGGAGGCGAACUGUGGCAGCACCAAUUCAGGGUGAGUGUGUGUUGGACGCUUCCCAAACUGAUGGUUCAUCACAGGAGCGGCCAGCGGGCAGAGGCAGAAGGAGAGCUGGGUCUGCACUGGGACAGGCUGGGAGUGUGGAGGAGACAUCCCAGACUGAUGGUACAUCACAGCAACAGCCUACAGGAAGAGGCAGGAGGAGAGCUGGCACCUCACCCACAAAGCAGGCUGACAAUGUGGAGAUGCCCCAGACUGAUGGUACAUCACAGCAACAGCUACAGCCUGCAGGCAGAAGCAGGAGGAGAGCUCGCACCUCAUCUUCAAAGCAGGCUGAGAGUGUGGAGGAGAUGUCCCAGACUGAUGGUACGUCACAGCAACAGCUUGCAAGCAGAGGCAGGAGGAAAGCUGGCACCUCCCCAUCAAAGCAGGCUGAGAGUGUGGAGGAGGCUUCCCAAACCCAUGGGGCAUCACAGCAGCACCCAGGGGGCAGAGGCAGGAGACGAUCUGUGGCAGCACCGAUUCAGAGUGAGAGUGUGUUGGAUACUUCCCAAACUGAUGGUUCGUCACAGGAGCGGCCAGCGGGCAGAGGCAGGAGGAGAGCUGGGGGAGAGGUGACAAUUCAGGAUGACAGUGUGGGGAACACUCCCGAAACCAAUCAGUCAUCACAAAAGGGACUGAAGGGGAGAGGCAGGAGGAAGCAGGAACGUGCACAGCCUUCUUCGCAGGAGACAGCAUUGUCAUCUGGGCGUAAGCGACAUGCACAGGGGGCUAGUCCGUCAGAGAGUGAGAAGGAAAGCAGCUCCCCCCCACAGGUUAAAACCCGUCGUACAGCAGGCCGCCUGUCCUCGGGCUCUCUCCUCGAAACUGCCACUCCUCCUAAGGUCAUGUUCACAGGGCUGGUCGAUGAGAACGGGGUGAAGGUGAUUAAACAGCUCGGGGGUGAGGUCGUGGAGUCGGUGCACGACAGCACACACUUGGUCACAGACCGGAUUCGGCGUACUGUCAAGUUCCUGUGUGCUGUUGCCAGAGGGAUCCCUGUGGUGACCCCGGACUGGCUGGUAAAGUCUGGCAAAAGCAGCUGCUUUCUGUCCACCAGUGGAUUCUUGGUUGAUGACAGUGACCAGGAGAAGAAAUUUAACUUCAAGCUAGCUGAGUCCCUGCAGAAAGCGAAGGAGCAGCCACUUCUCCAGGAUUACCGGGUCCACGUGACAUCGGGUGUCCUCCCUGAGCCAAGCCAGAUGGAGAGCAUUGUGCAGUGCAGCGGAGCGACCGUGCUGCCCAAGAUGCCGCGCGUCUACAAGGCGAAAACCCUGGUGAUUUCAUGCCCAGACGACCUGCCUAAGUGCAAACCUGCUCGGAACGCCAAGGUCCCUAUUGUCAAUGCCGAAUUCAUCCUGACUGGGAUUCUGCAGCAGGUGGUGGACUUGGUGAGUUACCGGCUGGACCUGGAUGUCACUGAUCAGUUAGAGGGGAACGCCGAAAAGAGGAGUUUGGCAGCAGCACAGUCCACUGAUAGCAGGAAAAAAAAGCGUUGACUUGUUUUAAAACCAGAUGUAGAAAUUUUAUUGCAGUUGUAAAUCCAUAAUGUAAUUUUAUAUAUAUUAAAAAAAAUGAAGAAACCUAAUGUAAUGAUUUCAUUCCCAGUAGUCGUUCGGUGAAUUGUUUUUAACCACUGACUGGAAUUGCAAAUGAUAAACACCUCAGGAAUUUUUGUAGCUGUCCCUACUUUUGCAGAAGUCUUUUGAGUGUUUUGUGAGAAAUGAAUUUCAGUUGACUGGUAAGGUAUUUACUAGUACCCACAGUGACAGACAUUGCUAUUCACCAAAAGCUUACAGCCUGUAAAUGUUUAGUCCCAGAGAGAGAAAGAGGGAGCUGUCACUCUGCCACUGUGGAGAUUGCGUACAGAUCUCACCGUGCCACAAAAUUAUUUCUUUAAACAAAACCUGCUGCUGCUGGCUUGCUGGUCUGUGUGUGUCCUGUAUUUAAGUGUAGCGAAAGCUUGAUACAUUAAAGGCUUUGUGUAUUUUGUAA